UCCGGGGAUAUUAUUUCUAUCUCUUCCUGAUCCUGCCACCUUUAGGAACUAUGGGGCACCCUAUUCAAAUCCACAUACCUUCCCAUGAGAGGUCUACGCGCCAAGUGAAAGCCCCAAAAACAGAGCUCAUCAUUUCUAGCUUCAUGGUGCACUCAACAAUUGUGUCCCGCUAUGCUUCCACCCGAGUGUGGACUAUUAUGAGCAACCCACACACAGAGGCAAAAGAAGCUAUCUUUGACCUGGACCUGCCCAGUUCUGCCUUCAUCUCCAAUUUUACCAUAACCGUUAAUGAGAAAAUCUACAUGGCUGAGGUGAAGGAGAAGUACCAGGCUAAGAAGAUGUAUGAUGAAGCCCGCAGGCAGGGAAAGAUAGCAGCUCAUGUUGGCACCAAGGACCGAGAAACAGAAAAAUUCAGGGUGUCCGCCAGCGUGGAGGCAGGGGGCAAAGUGGCCUUUGAGCUGACUUAUGAAGAGCUGCUGCAGCGGCAUUUGGGCAAGUACCAGCAUGCCAUCAGCAUCCGUCCCCAUCAGGUGGUAAGGAACCUCAGCGUGGAGGUGAGCAUCUCCGAGCACACUGGCAUCAACUAUGUUCACGUGUUGCCACUCCGCACGAGCCGACUGCUGACCAACACCCUCCGAGGUGAUGCUGAUGUGCCACCAUCCACCCGGGUGGAGAAAGGAACACACUGUGCUUGGAUUGUCUUCAACCCAACCCCCCAAGAACAGACAGUGUUCUCCAGCUCAGGAAUCAUGGGCGAUUUUGUGGUUCAGUAUGAUGUGACUAUGCCGGAUGUUGCAGGCGAUGUACAGAUAUACAAUGGCUACUUCGUUCACUACUUUGCCCCAAGGGGGCUGCCCCCUGUACAGAAGGAUGUGGUGUUCGUUAUUGAUGUCAGCGGCUCCAUGUAUGGAACCAAGAUGAAACAGACCAAGAAAGCUAUGCACGUCAUACUAAGUGACCUCCACCAAGAUGACUACUUCAAUAUUGUUACUUUCUCGGACUAUGUGAAUGUCUGGAAGUCCAGCCAGUCUAUCCAAGCUACACCACAGAAUAUUCGUAGGGCCAAAGACUACAUCAGCAAGAUGGAAGCUGACGGAUGGACUGACAUCAAUGCAGCUCUGCUUGCCGCUGCCUCCAUCUUCAACCAGAGCUCUCCAGUGGCGGAAAAGGUUAUGUGGGAACCAAGAAUCCCACUGAUCAUCUUCCUGACAGAUGGUGAACCCACCUCAGGGGUGACAGCCGGCAGCCGCAUUCUCUCCAACGCUCAGCAGGCUCUGAAGGGCACCAUCUCACUCUUCGGUCUGGCCUUUGGUGAUGACGCUGACUAUGGACUACUGAGGCGCCUCUCUCUAGAGAACCGCGGUGUGGCCCGGCGUAUAUACGAGGAUGCUGAUGCCACUUUGCAGCUGAAGGGUUUCUAUGAUGAGAUUGCUAGCCCUUUGCUGUAUGAUGUGGAGCUGGCCUACCUGGAUGGGGUGGCCGAAGACCUCACCCAGAACCUCUUCCCCAACUACUUUCAGGGUUCUGAGCUUGUUGUGGCUGGGCGGGUGAAGCCAGGGGUCUCGGAACUGCGAGUACGCACCACAGGGCAUGGGCAGGAGGGUCUGCUGAGCCUGGAAAAUGACAUCUCUGUCAACGCCACUGAAGCAUCUCCCUUUGGCUGCUCUGGGGAUGCCAGCAAGAUUGGUCACUUUGUGCAGAGGCUGUGGGCCUACUUCACCAUUCAGGAUCUGCUGCAGGCCCGGUUCCGAGCCAAUGACACAGCCGCCCGACGCCUGCUGAAUGAAAAGGCCACCAACCUGUCACUGAAGUACAACUUUGUCACCCCCGUCACCUCCCUGAUUGUGGUGCGUCCAGAUGAGGAGAGAGAGAAGGACCGGCCUAGAAAAGCUGCUACCGUCCCUCCUGGGGCAACCAGAGCACUUAAGGCCACUCCCCCAGCACUGGGGACUUCUGCUACACCAGGGCUCUCUAAAGUGACUAAAAUCAUGCCUAUACUUGGAGCUACCACAAAAGCCCUCAUGGUCACAAAAGCCCCCAAGGGAAUGGCAGGGCUGGGAGCUGCUACCACUCCCCUGGUCUCAGUGACAGCGAGAGUCACCAAAGCAGUCAGAGCCACAUCUCCACCAUUUGCUGCCAUGACCGCCAUCACAACUAGUACUACUACCUUCACUCCCCCAGUACCCACUGCUUCCAGUCACACCAAAGCAGCCACACCAAUGCCAGGAGUGACUGUCAUGUCUCUGACUCCUGCUGUUUUCCACAGGUCCACUAAACCACCCAGAGACACAGCCUCCUUUAAGGCAACCAGGCCGCCCAAGCCCAGCCCCACCAGAGCUGGCAGACUCAAGGUCACGCUUCCGCCACACUCUAUUCUGGAGACUAGAGGAACGGCCAUUGCCAAGAUCCAGGCAGGAGGCCCCAGCACAGUGCACAGUAGGCCUCCAAUGACAGUGCACCCAUCUGGCAGUGCAAAGGUACUGGGGGGUCAUGCCCAUCCCCGGGAGCAGGUGGAGAUGACGCCUCAGCCAGCCACUGAGCACCAGCCACAUACAACCUGGCAGGCAAGUACUACCACGGUGGAGACAGGGAACAUCCCCUGGAGUAAGACAACAACUCUGAAAGGUGGGACAGCCAUGGAGAUGCACACCAAUAAGCCCCCAUGGAAUAGCACAGUCCCUUGGGGCACAGCACCUGGAGCUACAUCCCUAGUGACUCUGGGAGCAGAGUUAGAGGGCAUCAGCAGGAUUCCUAGCAGCACCACACCUUUCUCAGACAUCGGCCUCCUCCUCCUGCCUGGGGAGUCUGAACUACACUCAGCCACUGACCAGGACACGGAAUAUGUGGAGUCACUGAACCCACCAGCUAUGUAUAGUUUUGUGACAUCCAGGAGACACCCAGGAAGCCUGGAUUAUGAAGACUAUUCAGAUUUUGUAGAAGAACCGGACAGUGAUUCAGACACCUUGGUGGGUUCCUCCAACACUGGCUUUUUCACCUUCUCUUCCUGGGUGGAUGGAGACCCUCACUUCGUAGUAAGAUUGCCACAUUCACUGGGGAACCUGUGCUUCACUCUGGACGGAUGCUCAGGGAACAUCCUGCGCUUGGUGAGCGACCCUGUCACAGGGUUGUCAGUCAAUGGACACCUAAUGGGGGCCCCUUUAAGGCCAGGCCACGAGGAGCGUCCCCGCACCUACUUUGAUGCCAUCGCCAUGGUAGUGGAACAUUCACAAGCUAGCUACGUGGUUAAUGUGACACGUCAGGGCGUGACGCUGCACGGGGAAGAUGAGUUGGCGCUGCCCUUCGCCCAGCGGGCUGUAAUCCACAAGCCCCAGCUAGCGAUUUCUGUCUGGCCUGAGGCCAACGUCACUGUGUGGAUUGGCCACGAGGUGGAGUUCCUGGUUCUGCUGCAUCGCUACAGCCACCCCACGGCCCUGCAGCUGGACCAUCUCGGCUUCUACGUGGUGAACGGCAAGGGGCUGUCAGCUUCAGCACGAGGCUUGUUAGGCCAGUUCCAGAAGGCCGACCUCAGGCUUUCCCCAGACCCAGCCGGAGGGGAGCAAGCAGCCUGGAUGUGGAGGGGGACUAACAAAGUGCCAGUCACAGAGGUCACCAGGAUACUGAAGGAUUCAUCCCAGAGGGCUCAUGAGGCACCAUGCUGGCUGGUGAAGCGCAAGGAUGUGGAGGGGCUGUUGGGGGGCCCCUACAUCUCCUACUUAGCCUCCAACAUGCUGGAAAUAUGAGCUGGCCACCCUUCAUUGACUCAGCCUGAAACACCUGAGCCAGCUAGCUGCAAAAGUCCCAUUCCCUGUCCCCCAUGCCCCUAGCCCUUACGCUAGGGGGACGAUGUGGAACAGAAGGGAGAGUCUGUGGUCUCUCUUCCAGGACCUUUGCAGUAGACUGGAGGCAGGUGUGGAAUCGCAGUUAAAGAUAAUUAAAAAAAAAGGUCUCCCACAUCACAGACACAUUGAAAAUGAAUUAUAUCCCUAUUAUUGCUUUAUUGUUUUAUUGAUUUAACGCAGAAAGGGACACUGGAUGUACUGCAGAGGUAUCUCUUCAUUAAUGGAUGGAGGGAAUCCUGAAUGGAUUACUCCUUCCACUCCUUCCACUGGCAAGGCUGUGCAAAUUUCUAACACCUUUAUCCCUUAUGAUGGGAGGAUAGCCCACCCCCGGAAAGACUUCUCCAAAGUUCACAAAAAUAACCUGAACUGUUAAAAAAAAAUACAUAAGAGGAUAGGAGAGGACAGUUAGUUAUGGGGCUCAGGUUAAUGAUUAAAGCCUGCACUGCAUUGGUUUAUGAAGCAGAAGGGCUGCCAGUAGUUUCUGUAAUAACUGCCCGUUCCACCAGGCGCGCAAGCAACCUCUGCCCUUUUCAAGCACUGUUAGAAGAGUCCUGCAGGACAGCCACUGUAAUGUUUCCAGUUUAAUGAUGAGCAGGUCAAAGGAACUGAACAAGAAACAGACUUAUGUCCAAACUAUGUACAACAGAGCUUCUCUCCUUUAGCUACUUUCUCACUCUGGCUUCUAGCCCUGCCUCCUACAUGGGCCUAACUUCCUAAACAAGAUAUGGGAGGUAUCCUUAAAGGUAUAGUCCAUUUAUUCUUGCAUCUCCCUUUUUUCUGAACAACAUGUUAUAUAAUCUAAAAAAAAUUAACAAUGCUCUAUAAGUCUCUCUGGGGCCUUCCAGUUUCAGCUGGACCUUCUUGGACUCAUUUCCAAAGACUCUUCAUUUGUCUGAGGUAUGACAGGCUCAGUGUUUCUCCCCUGACAUUUUUGGUGCUGUGUUCCUCCUUUCUUUCCUUUCCUUUUAGGUAUCUAGAGGAGAUGCUGUCUGUUGUAGUAUUUGUCCAUCUGAGGUCUGUAUUUCAUAUGAUCUGGAAGUUACUUUUUUAUUAACAGACCUCUGUGUGCACAUGGUACUGUCAUGCACCUAAACACCAUUUUUGGGUUGUACAGGAAUCAGUACUCAUGACCCUGUGUCAUAAUAUUGUGUCUGUCAGUCUCUUAUGCAAUAUAGUCUGAACACCUUGAGUCAGAGUUAAGGUGUUCCACCCAUGGCAGUUUGGUCUAGAGCAGCCUUUCCCAACCGGUGUGCCACCAGAUGUUGUUGGGCCGCAAUCCCCAUCUUCCCUGACCAUUGGCAGUGCUGGCUGAGGCUGGUGGGAGUUGUGGUCCAACAACAUCUGGUGGCCCACU